AAGCAUUUCUUUGGGGAGGAAGGGAUCUGGUCCCCCUUGAACUUUGUCUGCUACCCCAAAAGAAAAAUGCUAUUGCCUGUUGCCCUCUUACUUUAAUUAUCCAAUCCAGCCCAUUCUUCUUUGUUUUCUUUUGCUUUCAAGAUAUAAAUUUAAAUGGAAUCCUAAUCAUUCAUUUUGGAUUGAUCAUGUGAUAUACAGUCUGUCAUACACUACUCUUUUUCUCCUUUGCUGCUGCUGUUGCUGUUACACUUUUUUGGUUUUUUGAUUAUUUGCCAGCGGCCACUGUCUUUCCUUUCCUUUUCUUUUUUUCACUUGCUACACAGAAUCUCUUAUCAUCAACUUAAUUUUGAAAGGAUCUCUCUUCUCCGCAUCUACCAAUCCUCAUGGCGACUGAGACUGCACCAUCACAUCAAACUCCUACUUCUGAUCAUGAGUCAAUUAAGAACAAGGUGACCGAAGAAGUAAAACCUGUAGAACCUGAAACUGUUUCUCUAGCAGGGAAGCCAGAAGAAGACGACCUCAAGCCUAAUGAACUAGCAAGUCAACCAACCCUGUUAGAUAAAUCAGAAGCAGUGGAAGAUAAUGAGGUCGAGCCUCCAGCAGUUGUGGUUAAGAAGAUUGAUGAUGUUCCUGCUAUCAUUGUUCCAGUAGAUGAUAAAAAUGAGUUGGAAAAGGAUUCUAUUUCUGACUCACACACACCUGGUGUUCUGGCUCUGGCAGCCGAUGUUGUUAAUGCCGAACCAGUUGCUCCAGCUAUACAUUCUGUUUUGAAAGAAGCAGAAGAGCAACAAUUAUCAACAUUCGUGGAGGAAUUGCUACAGGAAAAACCAAAGAUGGUUGAUAUUCCAGUAUCACUACAUGAAGCUAUUGAAAAAACAGAGGAGCCAUCAAAAGUCCUUCCUAUCAAAGAGUCGGAACCAAUUGAGGCAAAAGACAGUGAAGAUUCAGCAGUGUCUAAAGAAGUUGACAAAGUGGAAUCAAUAAUUCCUGAAGUUGAGGUGAAACUACAGGAGCAAUCAGAAGUUGGUAAACAAGUUGAAGAGCCAAAAACAGAAGCAGCAACUAAGCAACAAAAGGAACCUUUGGAAGUUCUUCCUGUCAAAUCAGAAGCAAUUGUGGUAAAAGAUAGUGAAGAUUCAAAACUAGUGUCCAAAGAAGAUGAUAAGACAGAAUCAGAAGAACAAUCCGAAGUCAUUAAAGUUGAACCCAAAGAAAAAUCAGUUGAAGUAAUUGCCGAAAUACAGGAGCCAGUGGAAGCUCUUCCUAUCAAAGAAUUGGAAGCAGUUCAAGUAAAAGAUACUGACGACUCACAAGAAUUGUUUAAAGAAGCUGAUAAAGUAGGAACAAUAGUUCCUGAACUUAGGGAAGUGAAACUAGAGUCUGAAGUCACUGAACAUGUAGAAAAAACCGAGGAACAAUCUGUUGAGGCAAUUGAGGAAACACAGGAUUCAUUGGACGUUCAUCCUAUCAAAGAAUCAGAAGCAGUUCCAUUAAAAGAUAUUGAUGAUCCAGUAGCAGUGCCUGGAGUUGAUAAACCAGAAGCAGUAAUUCCUGAAGUUGAUAAACCAGAACCAGUAGUUACUGAAGUUGAGGUUAAACAAGAGGAACAAUCUGAAGUCACUCAACAAAUGGAAAAACCAGAAUCAGUGGUUCCUGAGACUGAGGUGAAACUGGAGGAACAAUCUGAAGUCACCAAACUAGAUGAAAAAACAGAGGAACAAGAAGUUGAGGUGAAACCGGAGGGACAAUCUGUAAUCAGAAAACAGGUGGAACAAUCUGAAGUCGCUGAACAAAUUGAAAAACCACAAUCAGUGAUUCCUGAGACUGAGGUGAAACUGGAGGAACAAUCUGAAGUCACCAAACUAGAUGAGAAAACAGAAGAACAUGAAGUUGAGGUGAAACCUGAGGGACAAUCUGUAAUCAGAGAACAGGCGGAACAAUCUGAAGUCGCUGAACAAAUUGAAAAACCAGAAUCAGUGAUUCCUGAGACAGGUGUGAAACUGGAGGAACAAUCUGAAGUCUCCAAACUAGAUGAAAAAACAGAGGAACAUGAAGUUGUGGUGAAACCUGAGGGACAAUCUGAAGUUAGUGAACAGGUUGAGAUUAAGUCAACAGAUGAAAAGCAAGGACAAGUUGCUGCAAUCACUCAGGUAGCUCAAGCUGAGAUUAAAGAGGAUGGAGGAAAAUCUUCUCCUCCUGAAAUCAUACAAAAAGCUGGUCCAGAGGCUGAAGGGACUGAUUUGGUUGAAGCGUCAUUGAAAGAGAUUGUGGUAGAAGCGGAAAAGGAUAGAGAAGAGAGAGAGGCAGGGACAAUCAAAGCAGAGGGCGGGAAAAUAGCAAGUGAUACAGUAAAAGAGGAACCAGCUCAGCCCAUCAAGGUGGAAGAGGUCAGCAAUGCUGCUUCAAACGCCAAAAUCACUGAAAAAUCAUUUGAGGGAGAGAAAACAGUUGAAAGUGUUGAACCAGCUUUAGAAAACAAGAAAGAGGAGAUACCAAUAGAUGAAACCCACAAAGAUGGGAACAUAGAGGGAAAGCUUGAUGAAGCCACUACAGCUGUCAGUGAACCAGUUAAAGAAUCCCAAGAUUCUGUGUCAGAAGCAAAAGAAGAAGGAGAAACUGCAAAAACCAUUGAAGAGAACUCUGAGCAGGAAAAGGUUGACGAGAUUGCCAAAUCUGACACGCAGAAUUUAGAGUAUUCUGUCAAGGAUGCUGAAGACGCAAAAGAAUCACAGGAUCUGCCAAGAGAAGUUCCAGCCAAGUCUACUCAAAAGCAUUCAAACAACAUUUUAACAAGGGUAAAGCAAUCACUUGUAAAGGCAAAGAAAGCUAUAAUCGGGAAAUCGCCAACUCCAAAAACCGUCUCCUCUGAUAGCAAGGGUGAUGUUACAGUCAAUAAUUAAAGGGAUCUUAAUGACAAAGCGUGCAUAUACUUGCAGAGAUAUGAAAUCUUGCAUUGUGAAGUAUAUAGGUGUGUAAAAAGGCAUUUUCUUCCAUUUGUUUUCUCUAUUCAUUCAGUUGUAAGGGUACAUGAUAGUGUGCUGGUGAUUGGUGUGUUGAUGGGUUUGAUCAGUAGAAAAGAGCUUUCCAGUCAAAUUUAUGUUAGUGCUGUCAAAAAUACUCUCUCAUCAAAAUUAUGUACUCAUUGAUAAGAUUGAUUUGCGUAUUUGAUUAAAUAAUGGUUUGGAUUCUUUUGUAA